GUUAAAAUGACCCCUAAGCGGCACGUCUCGUGGACACUUUGCCAGGACUCUUGUUCUUCUCAUCUCUUCAACUUUCAGUUUUCUGAACCGAAAGCAUGAUGGGUUUCCGCUUCUUCUUAUUCAUUACGCGCAAACCUACGUUGACUCCCACUGAGUUUAUGACCCAUUGGGACACUAAGCAUGUGGAGCUCCUGAAGAACAUCACUGGCGAGGACUUUCCAAUUAGCCAUACUCGUCACUACAUUGCCCGACCGACGGAGCAGAACGGGACUUGGCCAGCCGCAGUUCUCAUCGGUGGCCAAGAGGAUUUCUCUUACGACGGCAUCGCCGAGCUCGUCUUUGAGAAUGAGCAGGCUUUCCAAACCUUCUAUGCGAAAGUUUCGGAUCCCGAGGCUGCAGCCAAGAUUGCCGCUGAUGAAGAAACAUUUAUCGUGAGGGAGGCAAUGAAAGCGGUUGUGAAAGCCGAUACCUCAGUAUCUCUCCGCAAGUGAUAUCUUACUAAAUUACUUUCUGGCUGCAAUAUCCACUGUGCCGAAUUGGACUGUCUAAUCGCUUGUCACUUGUUGCUGGAAAAAUGAAUAUGAAAAUGACUUCACCGUGAGUGAGUGUACUGUCUAGGAGUUGGCCUAGAUGGGGCAAGUGGAAAGCUUCUUCGGCACCAAAACCACCUGUAUUCCCUUCUUUCUAUCUCACGCCUCUC